CUUCCACAUCUCCGAAUACAACAAAGAAACUCCAUCAUCUCUCUCUCUCUCUCUUUCUCUCUCUCUCUCUCUCUCUCUCUCUCACAAUGGCUUCUCUCACUCAAGGAAUCCUCCUCAAGCUCCUUCAGUCCAUGAACACAACCACUCGUGUCACCGGGGAACACCGCUUUGCUCUCCUCCAAGUCAUCGGCAUAGUCCCCGCCCUCGCUGGAUCCGAUCUCUGGCCUAACCAUGGCUUCUACGUGCAGCUUUCUGAUUCUCUCAACUCCACGUACGUUUCCCUCUCAGAACGCGACACUGACCUCAUUCUCUCCAAUCGCCUCCAGCUUGGCCAAUUCGUUUAUGUCGAACGCUUUGAAUUCGACUCUCCUGUCCCCAGGGUUUGCGGCAUCCGUCCUAUCGCCGGCCGCCAUCCCUUCGUAGGGACCCCAGAGCCGCUGAUUGCUCGUAUUUCAGCUUCAAAGAAAGAUUUUGUGAUUCAACCUGUGGACAAUACGGAGUACUCCGUGGAUCCGAUUGCGGUGUAUUUGGCGAACAAGAAAUGCGAGGACAUGCCGCGAAACGAAAAUAAGGAAGUGAAGAGUGAUAGUAAAAUUGAAAAGAGCAGUAAAACAAGGCAACCUCUUGCACGGCGAGAUAACAUGAUGGCUGGAAAUGACGCCAAUUCGGAGGAAAAUAAAGGACCAGAUAAGGUGCCUCAGAGAUUUUCUUCGCCAGCAGGAGCAAAGAGAUCGGUGUCUGCAGGUAAGAAAAAUGUGGCUGUUAUGGAAAGGGAUCCCUCCCCUGCAGGAAAAGCGAAGAGAUCAGCUUCCCCAGUGCCCUCGAAAUGUAUGGUUCCGAGCUUGGUAGCAGCACGGGAGGAAAACAGGAAGGCGGCCAGGGAGCCAGCUAUUAUAGUUCCAUCAAGGUAUAGACAACCAUCACCAAGUAGGAAGCAGGCCUCUCCUAAUGCUCGAAGGGCUUCGCUCUCUCCUGGAAGGAGGCUGUCAGGAGUGAAGGUGUCGCCUGCUGUGGCAGAUUCUGCUGGCAAGAAGAAGAUUGCUACAAUUGUUGCUGGGAUUUCAAAAGUUUCAGAGGCCCUUGUUGGAUCUGCAAAGAGUAGUAGGAAGGGCUGGGAUGAGACACCAGUGGAGCACAAAGAAAAGGGUGAUUUGAAGAAAAAACCGGAUCUGCAAGCAAUUUUGAGGACUCAGGCUGCCCUUUCUAGGCGUCUAAGUGAUGCAAACAGUCGACAUUCUAAUCAGGAUGAUGAUUCCUCUAGCAAUGAGGCACUAAAGUGUGUUUCACCAGAAGAUUGUUCGGACAAAGAGAAGCCAACUUGUGCAGCUCUAGGAUUCACUAUGCAUGAGAAGAAAUGGACUGAUGGUAGCGUUCCAUUGGAUAAAGUCUCUGCAGAACUUGCAAGACUUGGGAAGGAGGCAAUGCAACGGAGGACUCUUGCUACUACUGCUGCAGCUGAAGCAUUGGAGGAGGCCAUUGCUACUGAGUCUCUUGUAAGGAGUUUAAGCGUUUUUUCAGAACUGGCUUCUGUAUCAAAGGCUGGAAAUCCUUUACCAAGCAUAGAUAAAUUUUUUUCAGUUUACGAUGAUGUUGUAAAAUAUACAGCAAUUGCUGAAUCAGUUGCAGCGAGCCACUCUUCUGAUCAUGCUGGCAUCCCAACUGAACAAUCAAAAUCUGCUUCUCUAUGGGUUGAAGCUGCUUUAGCUACCGAUCUUGAGAUUGUUUCCCUGUUGAACAACAAGAAUAACGAUCCUCCAACCACUCUGCCAAAGAGUUUGUCCAAAAGACAAUCUGUAAAAGCUAGUUCAUCAACGGCAUCUGAUCCCACAGUUGGAGUUUGGACAAGGAACCAUGGAAUGAAGGAAACAGUAGAACUUGCAAUGAAGUUGCAAUCUGAAAUGCAAAUGUGGUUUAUAAAGUUUGUUGAGGAGUCUCUGGAUGCAGGUUUUCGGGCAUUAGGGGAGUGUAGCAUUGAUGGGAGUAAACCACUGCCUCUGAACUUCAGCUCCAUUGCAGGUAUCUUGUCGCAGUUGAAGAGAGUGAAUGAUUGGCUGGACGGCGUGGUGUCAAAGGGGGAUAAGCUUCUUGCUGAAAAGAUUGAGAAGCUCAAGCGCAAGAUUUAUGGAUUUGUCAUUCAGCAUGUUGGAACAACUUUUGAUAACUGCUCCCAAGUUGCUUCAUCUUGAUAAUUAUAUACAUGGGGAGAACGAGAUAUUUGAAUUUUGAUUUUUUUUUAACACUUCAUUUUGAGGAAUUCCCUUGUUUAAAUUUACUUAAACAAAAAUAUGCUUCUCAAAAUGAUUGUUUUGCACAUUUUUGUUGGUUUAUUUAUUUCACUGUUUUAAAUUAAGAAAUUUGUAAGAAUUCAGUCUAAUUUACAAAAAAAAAUUAGUCUCCA